AUGACAAGCUUUGUUGCGAAGCUACAAGUACGCGGAGGGGCUCGCAUUCAGGCCGUUACGUACGCAGUUGAGUUUCCAGAGAAUACUGAGAAGCAAUUUAUGAGGCAACUUGGAAGACCGCUUCGCGGCCGUCCAAAGGUGCUCGUCGAUGUUGAACAAACAACGGACUUUGAGUUUGGAGACAUCACCCCUGAUGAGGCAGAAAUUUUGGAGGAGCUAGAAAUGCACCCUCAGCUCAAUAUGCCCUUGACAAUUGAUUUCGCGAAGUUGUGGCAAGAGCGAAACGUGCAAAUUCGUAUUGCAGUUGAACCAAAUGAUUUUUUCUACAACAGUUUCGUCAUUAUUAGCGAAGUUCAAUUGGAAAUCUACUUUACGGUUUGA